AUGGCGAGGGUGUCUAACCCCUUCGGAUUCACUCGUUGGCCUGUCACCAUUAUCAGCAGCGUUGUUUACCUUGCCAUCGGUAUCGCUCUAAUCAUCGUCCACACGACUGUGCCUUCACCUCCGAGCUCGCCGACUCCGAUUCAUGGCAUCAACCUUACAGAAGCGUGGCUGGACCUUCAGCUUCUGACUUCCUCUUACCGUCCCUACAACAGUCGCCGCAACGACGCGGUUCACGACUGGCUCCUCAAGCGAAUCGAGACGAUAGUAAAAGAGAAUGACGCGACGGCAUACAUCUUUGAGGACAAUGUUUCCAAUCUGACCUUCUCAUCUGCCGGGGUUGUCCCCAGUUCGGGCGUCUCUGUUUACUUCGAAGGGACCAACAUUAUCGUCUAUGUGCCGGGCAAGGAGGAUGACACUUCCAAAUGGUGGCAGGAUCCGAACGGAAAGCCUUCUACACGAAAUGCCGUACUGGUGAACGCACAUUAUGAUAGUGUCUCUACAGGCUUUGGCUCGACGGAUGACGGUGUGGGUGUAAUAUGUGUGCUGCAGCUGCUCAAGUACUUUACCACGCCUCGGAACAGCCCAAAGAAUGGAUUGGUUCUACUCUUGAACAACGGGGAAGAAGACUUUCUCAAUGGCGCAAACGUGUUCAGCCAACAUCCUAUGGCCAAGAUGGUCAGCUCAUUUCUCAACCUUGAAGGAGCUGGUGCGGGAGGAAGAGCUGCCCUCUUUCGAAGCACGGACGAGGGUGUGACGAAGGCCUAUGCGCACUCCAAAUAUCCUUUCGGUUCCUCCACUUCGGCAGAUGGUUUCAAUCGAGGCCUCGUCAGGAGUCAGACUGAUUACGUGGUGUUCAAUGGGAAAUUGGGCUACCGUGGCCUCGAUCUCGCAUUUAUUGGGCCCAGAGCUCGCUACCAUACCGAUCAAGAUGACUCUCGACACACCGGCAAAAGUUCUCUGUGGCACAUGCUGUCUGCAGCUGUUGCAACCUCGGAGGCCUUGACUGCCGCCUCGCUCAGAACGGAUCUGGACCCGAACAAAGUUCAAGGCAGCCGGGCGCUCUGGUUCGAUGUGUUUGGCCAAACCUUUGCCAUUCUGAGGAGCCACUCUUUCUUUGCCUUGUCCGUCAGCCUGCUUGCCGCUGGACCUAUCAUACUUCUCAUCACCGUCGCCUUGUUGUAUCGAGCAGACAAGUUUUACCUCUUCUCAGGCGCUCGAUAUGCCCAUCACCCACACGGAGACGAGAAAAUCAAGUUGUACGGGUGGCGAGGUUUCUUCCGUUUCCCACUGAUUCUGCUUUUGGCUUGUGCAGCCCCAGUUGCCCUGGCGUAUCUCAUCUUCAAGGAGAAUCAAUACAUCGCCCACAGUAGUGAAUGGGCUGUCUGGUCUAUGAUGACUGCGGCCUUUAUCUUCGUCGCAUGGUUCUUCUGUCGAGCAGCUGACUACGGCCGGCCCUCCUCGCUUACUCGGGCCUAUGGCUUCUCCUGGAUGUGGGGCGCCUGGUGGGUAUUCCUAAUCGUGGCGGUGGUUUUCGAAGAGCACCUUCACCUGGUCGGCCUGUACUUCGUCCUGAUCUAUGCAGCCCUAGUCUGGCUGGCCACCUGGGUCGCCUUUCUAGAACUAUUCAGUUUGCCCAAAAAGUCGGCAUAUUGUCAGAAACUGGUCGGUGAAGAUGGCUCGACCCCUACACAGGCUACUUCAACUUCUGGCCAUGAGGACGAAGAAGAGCAUCCUACUGCGAAUGAGGAAGACGAACCCACAGAAAGGUCGGGCUUGCUAAGACGAGGCUAUCGUCGGGAACAACAAGAGCAUAACUCGGACACCAAAGAGAGCGACGGAAAGUCCCACAGUGAAGCCGAGCCGGAGUGGAGCAAGUCUCAGUGGUCGUUCCUGUGGCUGUUGCAGCUACUCGUUCUGGCCCCGAUCAACGUUAUCAUAGUCGGGCAGAUUGGUCUGCUACUGACCGAAGGGUUGCACCAGACCGGACAGGACGGGAGCUCGAUGUUCCUUCUAUACAUUAUGAUGGCGGUUUGCACGAUACUUCUCUUCUCCCCGCUCGUGCCCAUCCUCCAUCGCUUCACCUGGCAUGUACCGAUAUUUUUGCUGCUGGUCAUGAUCGGCACUCUGGCAUACAACUUGACUGCAUUCCCCUUCUCGAUGGACAACAGACUGAAGCUCUUCUUCCAACAGCAUGUCGACCUUGAAGGAGGAAACAACACUGUAUAUUUAAUGGGCGUCUCACCCUUUACGCGUCACGCGGUGGACUACAUACCCAGCGCGGCAGGACAGGAAAUUAAGUGUACGCCCGCUGGCCCCUCUAACUCUAGCAACGUGCAACGCUGCUCUUGGUCGGGCAUCCCGCCCAACGUUGCCAAUCCAUCCUCUGCGCAUGUCCGGUCUGCGAAAGAAACCGAGAGCUGGCUGACGUUCAAUGUUACCCGCUUGAACGUCAGUGACAGUGACAACUCAGCACGCUUUGUGCUGUAUGGCAAGAACACUCGAGCCUGCAAGCUUGUUUUUGAUACGACCCCAAUCAAGAGUUUCCAUGUUAAAGGGCAGGCGGCCAAGGACAAGCGCUUUGCCCCUGUCCCUGAAGCCGGCAGCCAGGAGAUUAGGCUGUGGAGUCGGACAUGGGGCAGUGCCUGGACUGUUUAUGUCAGUUGGGACAAUGCGUCAUCCGAGGAGGAGAAGGCUGGCACCAACGGCACGAUGAACGGGAAAGUGGUGUGUUUAUGGAGCGAUGCUAAUAAAAAUGGAGUGAUUCCUGCAUUUGAUGAAGCAAUGCAUUAUGUCCCUGACUGGGUGGCCAUCACGAAAGGCGGCGAUGGCUUGGUGGAGGGCUACAAACAGUUCAAGGUGUGA